AUGUCUAAAGUUGAAAAAGUGACAAUCUUAGGUAAGGAUACCAUACACGUCGGAUACGGCAUUCAAGACCACAUUGUCAGCGAAAUUAUCGCUAACAAGGCUUCGUCUACUUAUGUCAUAAUCACCGAUACCAAUCUCGCCAGAACGCAACCGUUCAACAAAUUGAAAACUAAUUUCGAAACCCAAUUGAAACAAGAAAGACCCGAAUCAAGAUUACUUUCCUACUACGUCCCUCCAGGCGAAAACAACAAGAGCAGAACCACUAAGGCCGCCGUCGAAGACUUUUUGUUACAACAAGGAUGUACCAGAGACACCGUGAUUAUCGCCGUCGGUGGUGGUGUCAUUGGUGACAUGAUUGGGUUUGUUGCUGCUACAUUCAUGAGAGGAGUUAGGGUCAUACAGGUUCCUACAAGUUUGUUGGCCAUGGUUGACUCUUCUGUCGGAGGUAAGACUGCCAUUGAUACUCCCUUAGGUAAGAACUUCAUUGGUGCAUUCCAUCAACCGGAUUACGUCUUUUGUGAUAUCUCCUUCUUGGAAACUUUACCUCCUAGACAGUUUAUCAACGGUAUGGCUGAGGUCAUCAAGACCGCCGCUAUUUGGAAUGAAGAGGAAUUCACUCGUUUGGAAAAGUUCGCCAACCAGUUCCUUGCCGUGGUCACUUCCAAGCAUCCAGAUUUGUUGCUGAUUAAGCAAGAAUUAGUCAAGACUGUGUUGGAAUCAGUCAAGGUCAAGGCCUUUGUUGUCUCUUCCGACGAAAAGGAGUCCGGGUUGAGAAACUUGUUGAACUUUGGCCACACCAUUGGUCAUGCCAUUGAAGCAGUAUUGACGCCAGAAGCAUUGCACGGUGAAUGUGUUUCCGUAGGUAUGAUUAAAGAAGCUGAAUUAUCAAGAUACUUGGGCAUUUUGCCUCCAGUUGCCGUUGCCAGAUUAUCUAAAUGUCUUGCCAAUUACGGAUUACCAAUCUCUAUCGACGACAAAGAUUUCUUGAAGAAAGUUGGAACUAAACGUCACUAUGUUGAAAUUGAAACUCUUUUAAAGAAGAUGGCCAUUGAUAAGAAGAAUGACGGAUCUAAAAUUAGAUGUGUCUUGUUGGAAAAGAUCGGAAGAUGUUACCAAUUGAAGGCUCAUGAAGUCUCGAAACGUGACUUAACCUUUGUUUUAACUGAUGAAGUUUUGGUUCAUCCUUUUGACCCUAAGGCAAUCCCACAAUCCACUGUUAUUGUCCCACCUGGUUCCAAAUCUAUUUCCAACAGAGCUUUAGUGUUGGCUGCUUUGGGUAACGGAACUGUCAGGAUCAAGAACUUGUUACAUUCAGACGACACCAAGCACAUGUUAGAUGCUGUUGCUUCUUUGCAAGGUGCAGAAAUUUCUACUGAAGAUAAUGGUGAAACCAUUGUUGUCAAGGGUAAUGGUGGUAACUUGGUCACUUGUGGCGAACAGUUAUACUUGGGUAAUGCCGGUACCGCCUCUAGAUUCUUAACCACUGUUGCUUCUUUAGUUGGCGUCAACCCAGAAACCAAUGAACAACACGUUGUCUUGACUGGUAAUGCUAGAAUGCAAGAAAGACCAAUUGGUCCUUUGGUCGAUGCCUUGACUUCCAACGGCUCCGAAAUUGAAUACUUGAACAAACAAGGAUCGUUGCCAUUGAAGAUCCAAGCCAGUAAGGGCUUACGUGGUGGUAGAAUUGAAUUGGCUGCUACUAUCUCGUCCCAAUACGUUUCGUCCAUCUUGAUGUGUGCUCCCUAUGCCAAUGAACCAGUCACAUUAGCUUUAGUUGGCGGUAAGCCAAUUUCUCAAUUGUACAUCGACAUGACAUGUGCCAUGAUGAAAAGUUUUGGUAUUGAAGUCACCAAAUCAUCCACCGAAGAACACACCUAUCACAUUCCAAAGGGUGUUUACACAAACCCAGAAGAAUACGUUAUUGAAUCUGAUGCUUCUUCUGCUACUUAUCCAUUAGCAUUUGCUGCCAUGACUGGUACUUCAGUUACUGUUCCAAACAUUGGAUCUUCCUCAUUGCAAGGUGACGCUAGAUUUGCCGUUGAUGUUUUGAAACCAAUGGGAUGCAAAGUUGAACAAACUGCCACUUCCACCACCGUUACUGGUCCACCAAGAGGUACUUUGAAACCAUUGCCCCAUGUUGAUAUGGAACCAAUGACCGAUGCGUUCUUGACUGCCUCGGUUGUCGCUGCUGUGGCCAAAAACGGAACUACUUCAAUCACCGGUAUUGCUAACCAAAGAGUCAAGGAGUGUAACCGUAUCAAAGCCAUGGUUGAUGAGUUGGCCAAGUAUGGUGUCACCUGUAAUGAAUUACCCGAUGGUAUUGAAAUCCACGGGGUAGACAUUGACGAGUUAAAGACUCCAUCUACGGAAAAGAGAGGGGUUAAGUCGUAUGACGAUCAUCGUGUUGCCAUGUCGUUCUCGUUGAUUUCAGGUUUGUGUAAAGAGCCAGUUUUGAUUUUGGAAAGAUCAACUACGGGAAAGACCUGGCCUGGUUGGUGGGAUAUCUUGCAUUCCAAGUUCAAUGUUACUCUUGAUGGUUACGAGUUGCCAUUCAAUGUGGAAGAUGCUAGUGCUGUUGAAGGUAAUGGUGAUAAAAGUAUUAUUGUCAUUGGUAUGAGAGCUGCUGGUAAGUCUACAUUAUCCAAGUGGUUGGCUUCAUUCUUAGGCUUCAAGUUCUUGGACUUGGACGAAUACCUCGAAAAGAAGUUGGGAGUUGAUAUUAGAGAAUUGAUCAAGGAUAAAGGAUGGGAAUACUUCCGUGAACAGGAAGCCAUUAUUGCCAAGGAAUGCUUUACCCAGUAUUCCCAAGGUUACGUUCUUUCUACUGGUGGUGGAAUUGUUGAAGGUGAAGAAGCCAGAAGUCAGUUGAAGGCAUAUGUCAAAUCCGGAGGUAUUGUGUUGCAUUUACACCGUGAUUUGGACGAAACUGUUACUUUCUUGUCGGCCGAUGCUUCCAGACCAGCAUAUACCAAUGAAAUUAAAGAAGUUUGGUUAAGACGUGAAAAAUGGUACCAAGAAUGCUCCAACUAUCACUACUAUUCCAGCCACUGUGCCAACGAUGUCGAAUUCAACCAUUUGAGAAGCUCAUUCAUUGAUUUCGUCAAGACUAUUACUGGUCAACAAUUGGUUGCUGUUCCAAGGGGUAGAUCUUCUUUUGUCACCUUAACCUUCCCUAGUUUGAAUGAAGCCAAGCAUUUAGAAGAAAUUGUUAUUGGAUCAGAUGCUGUAGAAUUGAGAGUUGAUCUUUUGAAGGAUUACUCGCUUACUUUUGUCGCUGAACAAACAGCUAUCUUGAGAAAGUACAUUGAUUUACCAAUUGUCUACACUGUGAGAACCAAAUCUCAAGGUGGAUCAUUCCCGGAGGAAAAUGUCGAUCAAUUGAGAGAAUUGUUAUUGCUUGGUAUUAAGUUAGGUGUUGGCUAUUUAGAUUUGGAAUUGACUACUCCUAAUGAGGUAAUUGAACAGGUGUUGGCCAACAAGGGAUUCACAAGAAUCAUUGGAUCCCAUCAUGAUUUUACCGGUGCGUUGAAAUGGAACAAUGUCGAAUGGAAGAACAAGUACAACCAAGCAGUGUCAUUGAAUGCGGACAUUGUCAAGUUGGUGGGUACUGCCAAGUCAUUCCAGGACAAUAUUGAUUUGGAAAUUUUCAGAAGAGAAAACACCUUGAAGCCAUUGAUUGCUGUAAAUAUGGGCGAACAAGGGAAAUUGUCACGUGUCUUGAAUCCAAUCUUGACUCCAAUCACUCAUGAAUUGAUUCCAAACAAGCCAACUGGAACCGGACAAUUAUCAAUCAAAGAAAUCAACAAGGCGUUCACGGAAAUUGGUGGAUUUACCCACAAGAAGUUCUAUGUUAUUGGAUCACCUAUUGAACAUUCCAGAUCCCCAAAUUUACACAAUGCAGGUUAUGAAAAGUUGAACUUGCCUUAUACUUUUGACAGAUUUGAGGCUGAAGAUGCCGAUGUAGUUUACGAACAAUUGAUCAAGGACAAAGCUGAUUUUGGCGGGUUAGCUAUAACUAUGCCAUUGAAGUUGCAGAUCAUGAAGUAUGCUACUGAAUUAUCUGAUGCUGCUAAAGUCAUUGGAGCCGUCAACACUUUGAUUCCAGUACAAGGUGGAUACUUUGGUGAUAAUACUGAUUAUGUGGGUAUUAUCAACUCCUUUAUCAGAAAUGGUGUUCCAAGCAUUGAAAACUCCAAGGUCAACGGGUUAGUUAUUGGUGGUGGAGGUACUUCACGUGCAGCCAUUUACGCCUUGCACGAAAUGGGAUGUGACAAGAUCUACUGGGUUAACCGUACUAGUUCUAAAUUGCACGAAAUCAAGGAAUCAUUCCCUAGUGACUACAAUAUUGAAAUUUUGGAAACAAAGGAACAAGUUGAUGCAUCCGAACCUGUUUCCUUGGUUGUUUCCUGCGUUCCUGCCACCAGUGAAUUAGACAAGGACUUGCUUGUCAAGAUUGAAGCGCUUUUAUUGAAGGGAAGCGAAUCUAAACAAGGAGGAUUUGUGCCAAACUUAUUAGAAGCCGCAUACAAACCAAGAGUCACCCCAGUCAUGAAGUUGGCGCAGGACAAGUACGAAUGGAAUGUUAUUCCUGGAGUAGAGAUGUUGGUUAACCAAGGAGAAAGACAGUUCAAGAUCCACACCGGGUUCAAUGCCCCAUACAAGACCAUCCACGAAGCUGUAGUAGCUGAAUAG